AGAAAAUGCACCAAGUCGAGACGAUACUGAAAGCAAUGAACCCAGCAGCAAAAAUAAGAAAGACCAAAUUGGGUGCAGUGGACAUUUCUCCAAAAACCUGGACAAAGGGUCGGCUUCUUGGUCGUGGCUCUUUCGGUUCUGUCUAUCAAGCAUAUUCUUCAGAUGGAUUCGUUUUCGCUGCCAAGGAAGUAUCAUUGCUUGAUCAAGAAAGUCCGGGGAGGAGCCGUGUUUAUCAACUUCAACAGGAGAUUGAGUUUCUUAGUUGGCUGGAACACAAGAACAUAAUUCAAUACUAUGGCUCAUUUGAGUAUGGAUCAAAUCUUUAUAUGUGUAUGGAGCAUGCACCUAAUGGAUCCAUUCGACGACUCUAUCAGGGAUCGAAUCUUUCAUAUCCUCGUGUCUCUAAAUACACAAAAGAGAUUCUUCUCGGUCUAAAUUAUCUUCAUGGGCAUAAUGUGGUUCACAGGGACAUCAAAUGUGCAAAUAUUUUAGUGGAUGCAUAUGGAUCUGCAAAGCUUGCAGAUUUUGGAUUGGCAAAGAUAACCACCAAAAUGAAUGAACUUCAGUCUUUGCAGGGGACUGCAUUCUGGAUGGCCCCUGAGGUUGUUAAUGCAAAUAUGAUAAACCAAGGUUAUGGGCUUCCAGCUGAUAUAUGGAGCCUUGGAUGCACUGUGUUGGAGACAUUCACCGGCCGCGUUCCAUAUCAUAACCUCGAAUGGUGUCAGGCAUUAUUCAAGAUUGGUAAGGGGGAGCCCCCAAAGGUUCCUGAUUCUCUUCCAAAGGAUGCACAAGAUUUCAUCCACAAAUGCCUACAAGUUAACCCAAAUGAUCGUCUCACCGCUGCGCAGCUCUUAGAUCAUCCAUUUGUGAACAUGCCACUAAUUAAUCCGACUUCUCCAAGGCUGCCAACGAUAUUUGAUGAUGUGCAACAUUACAAGGGCAUAUACCGGUGUGCCUUCAACCCCGAGUCAUGCACCAAAUUAAAAUAG